UAACCUGAAGUGCAAUUAAAGGUAAAGCUGGUGAUUGUCAUCAAGGUUUUCAACGUAGUACGAAAUCGAUCAUAAUAGACAAGUUUUGUUUGGUAAUUCGGAAGGUUAGGAGUUGGGAUUUAAAAUUAGUCAGAGAAGUUCAGGUUCCAGGAUGUAUUGAGGAUCCAGAAUCUGGUGUGGAUGGUGUUGCAGGGCAACCAAAGCUGAAUCACGUCAAGUAAACAUGUUCAGAUGUUACGUAGUACUAUUAGAUGGAUGACAGGUUUGACAAGUGUAGAAAUGGAUCAAAGUAAACCAGUUGUUGAUGAGAGCGGACCAAGUUCUGAUGUCCCUAAGACACCAGAGGCUAUUGAGGUUGAUAAUUCCCAGACAAUAUUGCUGAAGAUAGCGACUUUGUACGCGGAGAGAUUGAUGAAUGAUAUUUGUUUGGUAGUUGAUGGUGUAGAAUAUCCAGCUCAUCGUUUAAUUUUAUGUGCUUCUAGUGAUGUAUUCCAGGUGAUGUUAAUGAGCCCACAGUGGACAGAAUCACAAGAAAGCCGUGUAACUCUCCAAGAAACCCCACAAUGUGUACCGAUAUUUAGUGAGUUUUUACGUUACUUUUACACCGGACAAAUACGUAUAAGCUACGAAGUUGUCUUACCAAUAUUAUCAUUAGCUGACAAAUACAAUGUACGUGAUUUAAUAACCCUGUGCCUUGAGUAUAUGCAAAACCACAUCGCAGUAGCGGCUAUUCACGGUACUUUAGUUUCAUGGCUCGACUACACAUCAAAUUGCGGGCAUCAUGCCAUCACCCAAACCUGCCAAAAUUUUAUCAAGUGGAAUGUCGAGCUGGUAGCCAAGACCGCGGAUUUUGGUAAUUUCGAGCUAGACGUCUUAGUGACUCUAUUACAUCAAAGUAGUUUAGUAAUACGCGAUGAAAUGACACUCUACAAGUGUUUGGAGUCUUGGCUGGAGCAUCAAGUUCAGCGUCUUAAGCAUCAGCUGACUCCUACCGAGUAUGAGUUGACACUAAAGCAGCUAGUGAUUGCCGUAAUGACACCGAUACGUUUUCCCAUGAUGUCACCACGGCAAUUAGCUGAUUUAUUGUUAUCCCCCCUGACCAAAAAGUACAAGGAAUUUUUUGUUGAACGCAUGGCUAUCGGGAUGUCCUUUCAUUCUGGGCAGCAUGAUCUCGUCCAAGAAGUCAUCAGGAAUGAAGAAGAUGGCGCGUUGUUAUUUGAACCACGUCUUUAUACCGUUGACACCUGCAGCUCGCUGCUGACGAUUGAAAACUUCCAUAGUCUCCCUUCGUAUCACACACGGACUCUAGUAUUUUCCAGCCACUCUUUCCUAGCAGAGCACGCUGGAGACCGAGCCUGCGAGUGGGUCGUUGACAUUUAUCCCAAAGGGGUUUGGUUCAAGAAAUUCUUCUUGAUCGUCUGGCAGGGAACUGUUGAGAUGCCUGAGCAUGUCAUCAGGUCCGUGAGGCUGUCGCUGACUUGCAAAGAACCUCCGACUGAUGCCAACAAUGACAUGCGCGUGAAGAUUGGGGUACUGAUCUACGGACUCCAGGAUGGCGUCGAACAUAUUGCUCGAGUCACUGAAGUGAUUCAUAGAUUUAAUACAACUGACCGUGUUCUAAAUCUAGACGAUUUACUGCCGUUUGAAGAAUUAAAUCCUCAGCAAAGCGCCAAGUCGCUUGUAAAUCCUGUUUCUCCUUAUUUAGUUGGCCCUAAUAAAGACAUGCUUAAACUUCAUAUUGUUAUAUCACCGGCAAAUUGAUCUGAUAAGUUUAUGAAGGUUUUAAUAAUUAUUUAAAUUAUAAAUAUAUGGGAUAUAUUUAUUCAAGUGACGUUUAAUUACGGAUAGAAGAAGGCUUGUGAAGAGUGAAGAUUUAUUUUUAAAUAUUGUUUGUAUUGCUAUUGAUUUAUUAAUGCUUUUGAGUUUAACUAAGUGGCAAUUAUGCUUGUGUCAAAUUAAAUAGUUCAAUAUCUUAUAUAUAUAUAUAUAUAUAUAUAUAUAUAUAUAUAUAAAUUUUUUUUUAUUGUUUGAUAUAAUCAUUACUUAUAGAUG